CCUCCCCACAGAGCGGCUUGGUAUAUUCCAAGAUGGCGGCCUCCAUGGGAUGUCGGUAUGCGCUGUAUGCCAGGUGCCGCACACCUUCACUAGGGGUCGCAUUCACAGGAAAACGUUUUAUCCUGUCAUCUUCAUAUGUCAACAGUGAGAGAUGGGAGAAAUUGGAACGAGAACCUCACAGCCUUGUGUCUCUAGCAAAUCUAAUGGACAGGACCUAUGAGAAGAAACUUCCUGUGAGCUCAUUGACAAUUUCACGGUUUGUGGAUAAUAUUACCUGCCGGGAAGAGGUAGACCAAGCGGAAUAUUACCUUUACAAGUUCCGUCAUAGCCCAAACAACUGGUAUUUAAGAAACUGGACAAUACAUGGCUGGAUUCGGCAGUGUCUUAAAUAUAAUGCUCACGACAAAGCCCUGUACACACUGAAGAAUAAGGUUCAGUAUGGAGUUUUCCCAGAUUGCUUUACAGUUAACUUAUUACUUGAUGCCUUCUUAAAGACUGAGAAUUAUGCAGAUGCAGCAUCCGUUGUGAUUGAGAUAAUGCUACAGGAGAGUUUUGAUGAAGUUUCUACACAGCUUCUCUCACUUUAUGCCUUACACAAGUAUCUUUCAGGAAAUCCAGAAUUAAGGUGGGAACAAGAGAGAAACGUAGGUGCGUCACUUCUACUGGCCGGCUUACAGCAGGGGAACACAGUGGGAUACAGUUCACAACUCUAUGGCUUGGCUCUGCUUGGAAAAGUUGAAUUGUGUCACGGUUUGCGAGCUGUUUACAAUCAGAUGCCCCUAUUGUGGACCCCCGGUUAUUUCAGAAGAGCGUUGGAUGUGAUGGAGAAUGUGUCUCAAAUGUCUGGAGAUAUCAAGUUAAGCAGGGAUGCUAUUGACAAGCUAAAGGAAUGCUUGGAUGAUGCACUAUCUAAACAAUCAGAAAACACUGCGUCUGAAAGCGCUGAGGUGUCAGAAACCAAAAGUGAAGAUUCAGGGAAGACAGAGAUGACUUUGCUCUCAGAAUACCUUACGAGAUUUCAGGAGCUGAAUGCAAAGCUUGCAUCUCUUGGCAUGAUUGAAGCCGACAGCCUGCUGAGCCUGACCACCCAACAUGUGCAAGAAAAGCUGCCAGAGUGUGAAAAGGAAGAUAUUGAAAAAUACGAGGAGCAGCUCAAAGACUGGCAACGGGAACGAACCGAGCUUAAUGCGAGAGAAAAAGAAAUGAAAGAAAAGGCUAGACAAGAGUUUGAGGCCAGGCAGGCAGCCAAAGAAGCCGCAGAACAGCAACAUCUUGCUACUGUAUAAUUAUCUCUAAUUUACCCAUGAAAUUAUAAAAACAUACAAAAAGAAAUUAAAAUGAACUCGUCCCAUUUUCUAUUUCGAUGUUUUAUAGUGUAUUUGUCCCAGUAAACACUAUUUAAAUAUGAACAGAAAUCUGUAUUAAAUUACAUUUCUGCAGGGGAAAAAAUGAUGUGUAAUGAAUGCUGCCAUCUUGAAUAAAUUUAGAUUAUCUCA